AACAUUAGGGAUUUAUUCGUAAAUAAAUCUUACCCAAGGGGUGCAGUUGUAAUUUACCAAACAACUUUCCUAUUAAAACAAUUCCCCUCCCCAACACCACCUCUCUCUAUAUAUAUACCAAUAUCCUACAAAAAAAAAAAUAUUAAUUCAUAAACUCCGCCUGCAAUUUUAUUUCUUCAAAUUCCUUUCCUAAAUCAAAAAAAAAAUCACGAAAUCACAAAAACCUUCAAUCCCCCAAAAAUCAUGAGAACUCUGCAUUCAUCGGCGAUGCAAGGGUUCCGGUGCGGCGACAUCGUGGAAAUCGCCAGCACGGAGGAAGGGUUUGUCGGCUCGUACUACGAGGCGAUGGUUUUGGCGCCGCAAUUGAGGGCGAACCGCGGCUACAUCGUCCAGUACAGGACUCUGAUUGCAGACGAUCUGUCCGGCCUGCCGUUGAAGGAGGUGGCCCCCCUCGCCGAGAUCCGGCCAAGACCGCCGAAGAUUGCGGCGGCUGAGUUCCGAUUGCACGAUGUGGUGGACGCGUUUGAUAACGACGGGUGGUGGGUCGGAAGGAUUACGGGACGAAACAGCGACGGGGAUUACUUUGUGUACUUCGAUACCACCGGCGAUGAAAUUGCUUACCCCCUAAAUCGAAUUAGGGUUCAUCGAGAUUGGGUGAAUGGGAAGUGGGUACUUUUGUGAAUUGUGAUUGAUUUCAUGCAAUUUGUGAUCCGUUAUAUAUCUAGCUAGGGAUCAAUUUUUCAUAUUUUUGUUUAUAUUUUCUGUCUUCAUCAAUAAAAUUGUUAUAUAAAAGAUGUUAUUUUG